CUCGCUCGCCGAAGGGGCCUCUCCCCAGUCCCGAGCAACUGCUGUUCAUAAUCACUCACCAUAUCAGCGACCCACCAAAAUUAUCAACAACAUUCCCAAGAUGCUCGCCCACCUCCUCCCAAUCCCUCUCCUCGCCGUGCUAGCCACAGCCGCAACUACACAGAAUUAUACCUGCCCACAGCACCUCUACAACGUACAAAUCUUUUCCGAAGAUCCCCUCAUAAUCUACAUCCCCGAAUUUAUCACGCACGAAGAAGCGUCCCAUCUGCAAUCCAUAUCCACCGGUCGCUUCUCGUCCUCCCAAAUCGCCGACCAAACGGGGCAGCAACACCUCGCCAGCACCCGCACCUCGCGCUCCACUUCGCUUCACAGCGACGAGGUUGUCCGCUGCAUCGAAGAAAGAGCUCUGCAAUUCCAAGGCUACGACAUCCCGCGGACGAGGCUCGAGCCUAUCCAAGCCGUCACGUACUUGCUGGGCGAAAAUUACAAGCCCCACACUGACUGGUUCACGUCGCCCACCCAAACUACACCCGAGUUCGGCGGAAACAGAGCCACUAGUUUCUUCGUAUACGUCGCCGCCUCGACCGACAUCGUCGGCGGGGGUACGCAGUUCCCGCUGCUCGAUGCGCCGACGAAUGAGCGCUGGUGCGAGUAUGUGAAUUGCGAUGCUGGGUUCGAUGAGGGAGUGACGUUUAGGCCGCUUCCGCGGAAUGCCGUCUUUUGGCGGAAUUUAGUAAAGGGGAGGGGGGAUCGCAGGACGUUACAUGCGGGGCUGCCGGUCCAGAGGGGGGAGAAGCUAGGGAUGAAUAUUUGGACAAGGGAGGCAGAGUUGGAUGGGAGGUACCGGAGUCAGAUUAUCUAG